AUGGCUAUUGAUCUUGAUAUUAACACACGACUGGAUGAAGCUCAAUUCUUAACAAACUUUGACUAUAGUAUUGAUGAGUGGGAUGCUAUGACAGCUUCGCAGUUUGGCGGAUAUUAUGAUAUAUGGGCUCUUCGGGAUAAAGUGGUUAACUAUGACUGUUGGCAUAGAGCAACAAACAUUAUUAUUAGACUCAUCACACUCAAUCGAGGCGUAGAGGCAUACAUCAGUGUACAUCAAAAGUCAAUUCCUCCCGAUCAUCCACU